AUGGAGAAAGUUCUUAAAUUAAUCGCUGUUUCUCCCUAUUGUGUUUCUUUGGCUCGCGUUGCCUGUCCACGACUUCUUUUUGUAUUCAAAUUACCCCCUACUAUCGCUGCGCGGAAUCUUGCUAAGAAUCAUAAGGCACUGGCUAAUUUGGAAAGGAAUCUCUCCCUUCAAAUUUUUAACGUUUUCCAAGAAUGCGCUUUGCUCGACGGACUUUUCACAAUUGAUGGGUUUCACACCGUUCGUGUUCUACCCCCUGAUUGUUUUGAGCCAAUUAAUGUCUGCACAGAACGCCAUUCAGGUAAUGAUGAUUUGGCUCAGCAAAUGCUUGAACAAAUCCUCUCCUGCACCGGAAUAUCUUCACUCACAAGGGACUUUGAUACUAAGUUAAAAAGACAGCCACCCCAAGUAGUGAAUGAAUACUCAGCUCCAGGCGCUCCACGUAAUCGGAGCUUUGCUGCUUUCCUGGAAUCGAAUAUCUCCAACCUUAUACAGCACAUUGAGGACAAUGAUGUCAAGGAUCCUUACACAAAAUACCUUCCUGAACUGCCAAGUGUCAAAUGUUGGUUCAUUAUAUGCUUCAAACUCUAUACUAGUCUAUUUGGUGUAGGCAAUUCAUCUGACCAGAGCAAUCCUGAGAUGCCAUUUCUCUACAACGAGUGGAAUAAACUUCUAUCAAGUGCUGACCCAAAUUCUAUCACCAAUUGUAAAUUCUUCGCAUCACAAAAUCAACUUGAUCACGGGAUCUCGAAACUUCGAUGUACGAAGGCAUUUGCUGUAGCUGAAGCCCAUUAUCUGAAAGAUCUUCCAGCGCAUUACUCCCUCACAUAUCAUCAGGCACGGGUCAUCUCCUCGUACAACACCUUCCUCAGCCUUGCUCGUGGUCCUCUUGUUGUUCCUUGUUUAAAGGAUUUAACUCAUCGUCUAGCGCAUCUAUACUUGGCCGGUCGAGUUAAGUGUCCUGCCCUUCUAAUCUCAGGUUCUAGAUGCCGUCGCGAGUUUCAUGCCACUCCUCAACGCUUUCCUGGAAUCACUAGUGCCCUCCUCUAUCUUAAACCAACUUUAACUUCCUCUGAUUCAGCAACUCUUCGAAGUGCCGAAGCCGAUAAGGUGACCGAUUGUUAUCUUCUCAUGAAGCACAUCAAAUCAUUACUGACUUCAUCUGAGAUUUCUUCGAGAUCUCAUGACAACAUUUUACAGAAAUGUCUCCGAGAUGUUCCUUCUGACCUCAAAGAACCUUGGCAAUAUGCAUGGAUAGAAGGCGUUGCUAAAGUGAUUGAACGCGAGAAAGACCAGAUAGAUCCUGAGCUCUCCGGAAUUGUUCAGGAUAUAUCUAGUUUGAAGCAUCUCUCUCUUAUGUCCCAUAGUUCAAAUAAUCGUUUUAUCAGUGCUUGCAAUUGCGGUCAAACUGUGGCUGUAAGGAACGAUCCUUAUGACUAUAAGGAAGCGAAUUGGGACUUUUACCAUAACUUGGGCUCCAGGUGCUGCAAUAAGUACAGGAGUAUUCCUUUAGCGCCGAUUUUCCUCAUGGAAAAAGGUCAUGAUUUGCAUACACCUUUCGAGUUUUCCACUAUACAACCAGCGAAACAGGAGUCUAAAGAAAACCAAAAGUUAUCCUGUUCUGCUAGACUAUCUCAAAGUCCUGAAUUUUUCAAUAAGGAUCUACUUGAUGUGUUGGAUGAUCCUUUGUCCAUACCAAUCACUUCUAAACCGAGUACUCCUUUAGUUGCACAAACGUCAGAAUUGUUGGAUUCAGAUUAUUUAAAAGUCGAAAAGUCACUAAAGAAAACAGUUGAAGAGAUGCCUAAAUCCUCUGAAGAGGCUAUUGUUCCUGAAUGUGAAAUUUCAAAUGUUAAAGAAAUCCAAGAAGGCAUAUUUCUAGAAUCGUCUAAAUCGAUUGGUGAAUUGGAUGAUCAAGAAGCUGAAAGGCUGUCAAAAUCAUGCACUCCAUCCACUAAAGUUGUUGAGGGAGAGGAAAUUAAGCAGUCAGAUGGGGAAGAGUUGGAGGCGACGGUUGUAACCUCUCCGAGAAGGAAUCGACCAACAUUAGAUCCAUCAAAAUCAAUGUUGACCGAACAGGUGGAAGAGAAAUUAGUUGAAAUGAAAUCAAAUGAUGAAGAAAAGAGCACAGAAAUUCAAGAACAAGAAUGUAUAAAGCAGGACAAACUUGUUGGAGGAUGCACGCGUGAGAAAAUAAUCUUUGGAAUUUCAGGAUCAAUAUCAUCUGUUGAAAAUACGACCUCUAUCAAGGAGGUAGUGGUAGACCGGGAAAGUUUUUUGGAAGGAAUGGUCAUGACAUCCUCAGAAACGAAGGUGGAAUCACCAUCGAAGCAAUUGGAACAACUUGAUAAGUCCACUCAGCAAAUGAAGAUUGAGCAGAAAGAUCUCGUAGGGCAGAUGUCAUUGCAAUCUAUUGUCGUUCCUGAGACUGAUUCUGGUAAGGUUUAUGGAGCUUCGAAAAAAGAAGAAAAUUUGAAGCAACUAGUUGCGAAUUCUGUUGAUGGGAAGACUGUGCCGUCGACUAUCCAUUCAAUUUAUUCUUCCAUGGCUGAAAAAGCAGAUCAAUUGAAAUUCCUAAAUUUGGAGGAAACAGAUGUGGGAAAGGACAAAUUGGACUCUAAAGAAAUAUCUCUGCAGAGGGAUGUGUUUUUACCAAUCCAGAAGGAACCCAGCCAAGAGAAAUCAAUCAAGCAGAUUGAGAGUAAGCAAAGUAGCCUCAACGAAUCAGGAAGUGCGCCCGUGGAAGAGGAAGAGCAAGAAAUUUUUUCUAGAGUGCAUUUAGGUACAGAGAGGUCCUCUGCGUUGCAUAAAAACACUUCAUAUGAGCCAGAAAAUGCAGAGAAAUCAAAGCAGUUAUCUUUUGAGAAACUAGAGUUGGGGUCUCGGAUUAAAUUGCUUGUACCAACGAAACUGAAAUCAGACUGCAAUUUAACUUCAACUGAGAAAUCGGACGAACUGGGGGAAUCCGGAAGUACAAAUCAAGCAGAACCUUCAUGUGCUUCAAAAUCGACAGAUUCCGAGAUUGCUUCUAUGGCCCCAGAUAGCCCCUUUUCUGAGGGCGAAUCUUUUGAGCGCUCUAAGGUUGGCGGAAACAACUCGGGCAAAUAUCGAGAAAAGAAGAAUGAAAAUGAAUUUAGGCAAGAGAGGGAAAAUGUAGAGCAGGUGCCCACUAAAGUCGAAAUGGAAAGCAAUGCUCCUGAGUCUAUAGGCGCCCGAGAGUGCUAUGUUUUUCUCGAUAAUGAAGGCGAAAAGACUUCUAAGCAAUCUCAAAUGUUGGUGUGGAAGCCAGAAAUAAUUGAAUAUUCGCAAAAAUGUGUCGGAGUUCACACUGAGAAAUUGGGUAAACUUUUUGAAGAAAGGUCAGAUAGUGUUGAUCAGGAGAAAAAUAAUCCAGCAGUUGAUGAAUUGGCCAUUCAUUUUGAUUCCCUGACAUUCGUUGAUGUGCUUGGCAAGCCCAGUCAAGCUAAAUCGGUUGAUAGGGGCUCACUUGAAUCCCCUUCUAUGUUGGAGACCAAGGUUAUGGUAGAUUUUCAUGAUGGAAUGCCUGUGCUUGGUCAGCUUUCACAUAUUAUGCCUUUGUAUCCUUCCUGGUCUAUCCAUUGCCUUGGAAAGUACUCUAGCUACAGUCACUAUCGUGGUAUUGUUGCACCGGGAUUUCUUCGCGAUGGCAAUUUCCUCCUACCAAAUGAUGUUUCCUUUCACAAUUUUCACGAAUCCUCUUCCACAGUAUCAAAACCUAAGGGUCGUUCAAAUCGUGGACGCGAUCUCGAUAGUGCUAAACUCUUCAUUGGUUAUGAAAUGGAAUGCCCUUUGGGUCAUCGAUUCUUUCUUGCUGGUAUCAACCGUGCCAUGACGAGAAACAUGACGUCAACUGAGGUCAAACGAGCAGUCCGUGAACUACUAGAAUCGGACAUUCCUAUAUUCACGCCCUGUCGGUGUUCACGAAUUCAACAAGAAGAAUCAGAGGAAUCAUUGACGUGGGCUCAGUUGAUGCGAAUCUACGUUGCCAUCCCUACUGUUCCAAUUCGUGUUCGAUUUGCACCUGUUGUGCAAGUUAGCGAGGGCUCACCAGCAUUUCAUCUCGGGCCUACACUCGAUAAACUGAAAGAUCUAAGAAACGAUCUGGAUGUUAUCGAAGCUUCCUCUUCACAACCAGGCUAUGUGAAUCUGGAGGAGGGAAACAUUUGGGUCCUGAGGUUACCAUUUACUUAUCAGCAUGAUGGGGUGGUUUUUCACAGACCGCAGAAUCCAUCACAGGUGAAGAAAUUUCGUCUUCUAAAAUCGAAUAUUCAAAUUCUUCAUUUGUGA